GGGCCGGCGAGCCCCGCGCCCGGCGUCUUCGCMGCGCCUCCGCCAGCCGCCGCGCGAUGUGAGGCGGCGGCGCCAGCCUGGCUCUCGGCUCGGGUGAGCUCUCUGCGGCCAUUAGGGGCCGGUGCGGCAGCGGCGCGGAGCGCGGCGGCAGGAGGAGGGCUCGGAGGGUGGGGGCGCAGGCCCGGGAGGGGGCACCGGGAGGAGGUGAGUGUCUCUCGUCGCCUCCUCCUCUCCCCCCUUUUCGCCCCCGCCUCCUUGUGGCGAUGAGAAGGAGGAGGACAGCGCCGAGGAGGAAGAGGCUGAUGGCGGCGGCGGAGCUCCGAGAGACCUUGGCUGGGCAGCGGCCGGCCGUGGCGGGCCGGGGACUGCGCCUCUAGAGCCGCGAGUUCUUGGGAAUUCGCCGCAGCGGACGCGCUCGGCGGAUUUGUUCCUGUGCCCUCCUCCGGGCCCGGCGGAGGCCCGGCCCCUCGCACUUGCCCCUACCUUUCCUAUCGAGUCCGCAUCCCUCUCCAGCCACCGCGACCCGGCGAACAGAAAAAGGAACUUCCCCACCCCCCUCGGGUGUCGGCGGAGCCCCCAAGCCCACCCCUGGGAGCGGGGCGGGGACCCCAGGCCGAAGAAGAUAUUUCCUGAGGAUUCUCGUUUUCCCCUCCUGUAUCUCCGAAAGAAUUAAAAAUGGCCGAGAAUGUGGUGGAACCCGGGCCGCCUUCAGCCAAGCGGCCUAAACUCUCAUCUCCGGCCCUUUCGGCGUCGGCCAGCGAUGGCACAGAUUUUGGAUCUUUGUUUGACCUGGAGCAUGACUUACCAGAUGAAUUAAUCAACUCUACAGAAUUGGGAUUAACCAAUGGUGGUGAUAUUAGUCAGCUUCAAACAAGUCUUGGCAUAGUACAAGAUGCAGCCUCUAAACAUAAACAGUUGUCAGAAUUGCUACGGUCUGGUAGUUCCCCUAACCUCAACAUGGGAGUUGGUGGCCCAGGCCCAGUCAUGGCCAGCCAGGCCCAACAGAACAGUCCUGGAUUAGGUUUGAUAAAUAGCAUGGUCAAAAGCCCAAUGACACAGGCAGGCUUGACUUCUCCCAACAUGGGGAUGGGCACUAGUGGACCAAAUCAAGGUCCCACACAGUCCACAACAGGUAUGAUGAACAGUCCAGUAAAUCCACCUUCCAUGGGAAUGAACACAGGGAUGAAUGCUGGCAUGAAUCCUGGAAUGYUGGCUGCAGGCAAUGGACAAGGGAUAAUGCCUAAUCAAGUCAUGAACGGUUCAAUUGGAGCAGGCCGGGGACGACCGAAUAUGCAGUACCCAAAUCCAGGCAUGGGAAAUGCUGGCAACUUACUGACUGAUCCACUGCAGCAGGGUACUCCCCAGAUGGGAGGACAAACAGGAUUGAGAGGCUCCCAGCCCCUUAAGAUAGGAAUGAUGAACAACCCCAAUCCUUAUGGUUCACCAUAUCCUCAGAAUUCUGGACAGCAGAUUGGAGCCAGUGGACUUGGGCUCCAGAUUCAGACAAAGACUGUACUACCAAAUAGCUUAUCUCCAUUUGCAAUGGACAAAAAGGCAGUUCCUGGUAGUGGAAUGCCCAACAUGGGCCAACAACCUGCCCCACAGGUCCAACAGUCAGGCUUGGUGACACCUGUUGCCCAGGGGAUGGGUUCUGGAGCACAUACAGCUGACCCAGAGAAGCGAAAGCUCAUCCAGCAGCAACUUGUUCUCCUUUUGCAUGCUCACAAGUGCCAGCGCCGGGAACAGGCUAACGGGGAAGUAAGGCAAUGCAACCUUCCCCACUGUCGAACUAUGAAGAAUGUCCUGAACCAUAUGACACACUGCCAGUCAGGCAAGUCCUGUCAAGUGGCACACUGCGCAUCUUCUAGACAAAUCAUUUCACACUGGAAGAAUUGUACAAGGCACGAUUGUCCUGUGUGUCUCCCUCUCAAAAAUGCUGGAGAUAAAAGAAAUCAACAGUCAAUUUUGACUGGAGCACCAGUUGGACUUGGAAACCCUAGCUCUCUAGGGGUGGGUCAACAGUCUACCCCUAGCCUAAGCACUGUUAGUCAGAUUGAUCCCAGCUCUAUAGAAAGAGCCUAUGCAGCUCUUGGACUACCCUAUCAAGUAAAUCAGAUGCCACCACAACCCCAGGUACAGGCGAAGAACCAGCAAAAUCAGCCGUCUGGUCAGUCUCCCCAAGGCAUGCGGCCCAUGAGCAACAUGAAUGCUAGUCCUAUGGGAGUAAAUGGAGGUGUAGGGGUUCAGACGCCGAAUCUUCUUUCUGACUCAAUGUUGCAUUCAGCCAUAACUUCUCAGAACCCAAUGAUGAAUGAGAAUGCCAGUGUGGCCUCCCUGGGUCCUAUGCCAACCGCUGCUCAACCAUCCAGUACUGGAAUUCGGAAACAGUGGCAUGAAGAUAUUACUCAGGAUCUUCGAAAUCAUCUUGUUCAUAAACUUGUUCAAGCCAUAUUUCCUACUCCGGAUCCUGCUGCUUUAAAAGACAGGCGGAUGGAAAAUCUAGUCGCGUAUGCUCGGAAAGUAGAAGGCGACAUGUAUGAAUCUGCAAAUAAUCGCGCUGAAUACUACCACCUUCUAGCUGAGAAGAUAUAUAAGAUUCAGAAGGAACUAGAAGAAAAACGAAGGACUAGACUGCAGAAACAGAAUAUGCUACCAAAUGCUGCAGGCAUGGUACCAGUUUCCAUGAAUCCAGGGCCUAACAUGGGACAGCCACAACAAGGAAUGACUUCUAAUGGUCCUCUACCUGAUCCAGCUAUGAUCCGUGGCAGUGUGCCAAACCAGAUGAUGUCUCGGAUUACUCCACAACCUGGUUUAAAUCAGUUUGGUCAGAUGAAUAUGCCCCAGGCCYCUCUUGGACCCCGGCAAACCUCUCCUCUUCAGCACCAUGGACAGUUGGCCCAGCCUGGAACUCUCAACCCGCCUAUGGGCUAUGGGCCUCGCAUGCAGCAGCCUUCCAGCCAGAGCCAGUUCCUCUCCCAAACUCAGUUCCCAUCACAGGGAAUGAAUGUAACAAAUAUGCCUUUGGCUCCAUCCAGCSGUCAAGCACCAGUGUCUCAAGCACAAAUGUCCAGUUCUUCCUGUCCAGUGAACUCUCCUAUAAUGCCUCCAGGUUCUCAAGGGAGCCACAUUCACUGUCCCCCUCUCCCUCAGCCAGCUCUCCAUCAGAAUUCACCCUCUCCUGUACCCAGUCGUACCCCRACACCUCACCACACUCCCCCAAGCAUAGGGGCUCAGCAGCCACCAGCAACAGCAAUUCCAGCCCCUGUUCCUACACCUCCUGCCAUGCCACCUGGACAACAGCCCCAGGCCCUGCAUCCCCCWUCCAGACAGACACCUACACCACCAACAACCCAGCUUCCUCCCCAAGUGCAACCUUCACUUCCUGCUGCUCCUUCAGUCGACCAGCCCCAGCAGCAGCCUCGCUCUCAGCAAAGUACAGCAGCCUCUGUUCCCACACCAACAGCACCACUAUUGCCUCCACAGCCUGCGACUCCGCUUUCCCAGCCAGCUGUAAGCAUUGAAGGACAGGUGUCAAACCCUCCAUCUACUAGUAGCACAGAAGUGAAUUCUCAGACCAUUCCUGAGAAGCAGCCAUCACAGGAAGUAAAACUGGAGGCCAAAAUGGAAGUGGAUCAAUCAGAACCAGCAGACACUCAGUCGGAGGAUAUUCCAGAGGCUAAAGCUGAAGACUGUAAAGUGGAACCUGCAGAAACAGAAGAGAGAGGCACAGAGUUAAAAACUGAAAUAAAAGAGGAGGAAGACCAUCCAAGUACUUCAGCUACCCAGUCUUCUCCAGCUCCCGGACAGUCAAAGAAAAAGAUUUUCAAACCAGAAGAACUACGACAGGCACUGAUGCCAACAUUAGAGGCACUUUACCGACAGGACCCAGAAUCCCUUCCCUUUCGUCAACCCGUGGACCCUCAGCUUCUGGGAAUCCCUGAUUACUUUGAUAUUGUGAAAAGCCCCAUGGAUCUUUCUACCAUCAAGAGGAAGUUAGACACUGGACAGUAUCAAGAGCCUUGGCAAUAUGUGGACGACAUUUGGCUCAUGUUCAACAAUGCCUGGCUAUAUAACCGGAAAACUUCACGGGUAUACAAAUACUGUUCCAAGCUCUCUGAGGUCUUUGAACAAGAAAUUGACCCAGUCAUGCAAAGCCUUGGAUAUUGUUGUGGCAGAAAGUUGGAGUUUUCUCCACAGACACUGUGUUGCUAUGGCAAACAGUUAUGCACAAUCCCUCGUGAUGCUACUUACUACAGCUACCAGAACAGGUAUCAUUUCUGUGAGAAGUGUUUCAAUGAAAUCCAAGGGGAGAGCGUUUCUUUGGGGGAUGACCCUUCCCAGCCCCAAACUACAAUAAAUAAAGAACAGUUUUCCAAGAGAAAAAAUGACACAUUGGAUCCUGAAUUGUUUGUUGAAUGUACAGAGUGUGGAAGGAAGAUGCAUCAGAUCUGUGUCCUUCAUCAUGAGAUCAUCUGGCCAGCUGGAUUUGUCUGUGAUGGCUGUUUAAAGAAAACUGCACGAACUAGAAAAGAGAAUAAGUUUUCUGCUAAAAGGUUGCCAUCUACCAGGCUUGGCACCUUUCUAGAGAAUCGAGUGAAUGACUUUCUGAGGCGACAGAAUCAUCCUGAAUCAGGAGAGGUUACUGUUAGGGUUGUUCAUGCUUCCGACAAAACUGUGGAGGUCAAACCAGGCAUGAAAGCAAGGUUUGUAGAUAGUGGAGAGAUGGCAGAAUCCUUUCCAUACCGAACCAAAGCCCUCUUUGCCUUUGAAGAGAUUGAUGGUGUUGACUUGUGCUUCUUUGGCAUGCAUGUUCAAGAGUAUGGCUCUGACUGCCCUCCACCCAACCAGAGGUAUGACUGCCUUGCUAUGGCUAAUUUCUAAUUUGUGUAGGGCUUGAAAAUAAUAACAGAUGAAGAAGCAUUACAGGGUACUAAAGGAUAUACAACAGGGCAUAUUUGGGCAUGUCCACCAAGUGAGGGGGAUGACUACAUCUUCCAUUGCCAUCCUCCUGACCAGAAGAUACCCAAACCCAAGCGACUGCAGGAGUGGUACAAAAAGAUGCUUGACAAGGCUGUGUCAGAGCGUAUUGUCCAUGACUACAAGGAUAUUUUUAAACAAGCUACUGAAGAUCGAUUGACAAGUGCGAAGGAAUUGCCAUACUUUGAGGGUGAUUUUUGGCCCAAUGUUUUGGAAGAGAGUAUUAAGGAACUGGAACAAGAGGAAGAAGAGAGAAAGCGGGAAGAAAACACCAGCAAUGAAAGCACUGAUGUGACAAAAGGAGACAGCAAAAAUGCUAAAAAGAAAAAUAAUAAGAAAACCAGCAAAAACAAGAGCAGCUUGAGUAGGGGUAACAAAAAGAAGCCUGGUAUGCCCAAUGUAUCUAAUGACCUCUCCCAGAAACUAUAUGCAACCAUGGAGAAACAUAAAGAGGUCUUCUUUGUGAUCCGCCUCAUCGCCGGCCCUGCUGCCAACUCCCUGCCUCCCAUCGUUGAUCCUGACCCUCUCAUCCCUUGUGAUCUGAUGGAUGGUCGGGAUGCAUUCCUUACCCUGGCCAGGGACAAGCAUCUGGAGUUCUCUUCACUCCGACGAGCCCAGUGGUCCACCAUGUGCAUGCUGGUGGAACUGCACACACAGAGCCAGGACCGCUUUGUCUACACCUGCAAUGAGUGCAAGCACCACGUGGAGACACGCUGGCACUGCACCGUAUGUGAGGAUUAUGACUUGUGUAUCACCUGCUAUAACACUAAAAACCAUGAUCACAAAAUGGAGAAAUUAGGUCUCGGCUUAGAUGAUGAGAGCAACAACCAGCAGGCUGCAGCCACCCAGAGCCCAGGAGAUUCUCGUCGCCUGAGCAUCCAGCGCUGUAUCCAGUCUCUGGUCCAUGCCUGCCAGUGCCGCAAUGCCAACUGCUCUCUGCCCUCUUGCCAGAAGAUGAAGCGGGUUGUGCAGCAUACCAAGGGCUGCAAACGGAAAACCAAUGGUGGGUGCCCUAUUUGCAAGCAGCUCAUUGCCCUCUGCUGCUACCAUGCCAAGCACUGCCAGGAGAACAAGUGCCCUGUGCCGUUCUGCCUCAACAUCAAGCAAAAGCUCCGGCAACAGCAACUGCAGCACCGGCUCCAGCAGGCUCAGAUGCUCCGCAGGAGGAUGGCCAGCAUGCAGCGGACUGGUGUGGUGGGGCAACAGGGCCUGCCCUCCCCAACUCCUGCCACUCCAACCACACCAACUGGGCAACAGCCAACCACACCACAGACACCCCAGCCCCAGCCCACCUCUCAGCCCCAGCCUACCCCUCCCAACAGCAUGCCCCCCUACUUACCCAGGACUCAGGCUGCUGGCCCUGUGUCCCAGGGUAAGGCAGCAGGCCAGGUGACCCCUCCAACCCCCCCUCAGACUGCUCAACCACCCCUUCCAGGCCCCCCACCUGCAGCAGUAGAAAUGGCAAUGCAAAUUCAGAGGGCAGCUGAGACGCAGCGCCAGAUGGCCCAUGUUCAAAUUUUCCAAAGGCCAAUCCAACACCAGAUGCCCCAGAUGCCCCCCAUGGCCCCCAUGGGAAUGAACCCACCUCCCAUGGCCAGAGGUCCCACUGGGCAUCUGGAGCCAGGAAUGGGACCUACAGGAAUGCAGCAACAGCCACCCUGGGCCCAAGGAGGACUGCCUCAGCCCCAGCAACUCCAGUCCGGGAUGCCAAGGCCAGCCAUGAUGUCAGUGGCCCAACAUGGUCAGCCCUUGAACAUGGCUCCACAACCAGGAUUGGGCCAGGUAGGUGUGAGCCCACUCAAACCAGGCACUGUGUCUCAACAAGCCUUACAAAACCUCUUGCGGACUCUCAGGUCUCCCAGCUCUCCCCUACAGCAGCAACAGGUGCUUAGUAUCCUUCACGCCAACCCCCAGCUAUUGGCUGCAUUCAUCAAGCAGCGGGCUGCCAAGUAUGCCAACUCUAAUCCACAACCUCUUCCUGGGCAGCCAGGCAUGCCCCAGGGGCAGCCAGGGCUGCAACCACCUACCAUGCCAGGUCAGCAGGGCGUCCACUCCAGUCCAGCCAUGCAGAACAUGAAUCCCAUGCAAGCAGGAGUCCAGAGGGCUGGCCUGCCUCAGCAGCAGCCACAGCAGCAACUCCAGCCACCCAUGGGAGGGAUGAGCCCCCAAGCGCAGCAAAUGAACAUGAAUCACAACACCAUGCCUUCACAAUUCCGAGACAUCUUAAGACGACAGCAGAUGAUACAACAGCAGCAGCAACAGGGAGCAGGGCCUGGAAUCGGCCCAGGAAUGGCCAACCAUAACCAAUUCCAACAACCCCAAGGAGUUGGCUACCCCCCACAGCAGCAACAGCAGCAGCAACAACAGCGGAUGCAACAUCACAUGCAGCAGAUGCAACAAGGGAAUAUGGGACAGAUGGGCCAGCUCCCCCAGGCCUUGGGAGCAGAGGCAGGAGCCACUCUACAGGCCUAUCAACAAAGGCUCCUUCAACAACAGAUGGGAUCCCCUGCUCAACCCAACCCCAUGAGCCCCCAACAGCAUAUACUCCCAAAUCAGGCUCAGUCCCCUCACCUACAAGGCCAGCAGAUCCCCAAUUCUCUCUCCAAUCAAGUGCGCUCUCCCCAGCCUGUCCCUUCUCCACGGCCACAAUCCCAGCCCCCCCACUCCAGCCCAUCCCCGAGGAUGCAGCCUCAGCCUUCUCCACACCACGUUUCCCCACAGACCAGUUCCCCACAUCCUGGACUGGUUGCUGCCCAGGCCACCAAUCCCAUGGAACAAGGGCAUUUUGCCAGCCCGGACCAGAAUUCAAUGCUUUCUCAGCUCGCUAGCAAUCCAGGCAUGGCAAACCUCCAUGGUGCAAGCGCCACGGACCUGGGACUCAGCACCGAUAACUCAGACUUGAAUUCGAACCUCUCACAGAGUACACUAGACAUACACUAGAGACACCUUGUAGUAUUUUGGGAGCAAAAAAAUUAUUUUCUCUUAAGACUUUUUGUACUGAAAACAAUUUUUUUGAAUCUUUCUUAGCCUAAAAGACAAUUUUCUUUGGAACACAUAAGAACUGUGCAGUAGCCGUUUGUGGUUUAAGCAAACAUGCAAGAUGAACCUGAGGGAUGAUAGAAUACAAAGAAUAUAUUUUUGUUAUGGCUGGUUACACCCAGUCUUUUUUUCCCCCCUUGUGUGUGUGGUUUAAGUGUGCACUGGGAGGAGGCUGAGGUCUGAAGCCAACCAUAUGCUCCUGCCUUGCACCUCCAAUAGGUUUUAUUAUUUUUUUUAAAUUAAUGAAAAUAUGUAAUAUUAAUAGUUAUUAUUUACUGGUGCAGAUGGUUGACAUUUUUCCCUAUUUUCCUCACUUUAUGGAAGAGUUAAAAAAAAAAAAAAGAACAUUUCUAAAACCAGAGGACAAAAGGGGUUAAUGUUACUUUAAAAUUACAUUCUAUAUAUAUAUAAAUAUAUAUAAAUAUAUAUUAAAAUACCGAUUUUUCUUUCUCUGGGUGCAAAGAUGUUCAUUCUUUUAAAAAUGUUUAAAAAAAAAUUCCCCCUUUCCUCCCUUUAAGUCAACUUUUGUGCUCCAGAAAAUUUUCUAUUCUGUAAGUCUGAGCGUAAAACUUCAAGUAUUAAAAUAAUUUGUACAUGUAGAGAGGAAAAAAUGACUUUUUCRAAAUAUACAGGGGCAGCUGCCAAAUCGAUGUAUUAUAUAUUGUGGUUUCUGUUUCUUGAAAGAAUUUUUUUUUGUUAUUUUUACAUCUAACAAAGGAAAAAUUUAAAAAGAGGGUAAGAAACGAUUCCAGUGGGAUGAUUUUAACAUGCAAAAUGUCCCUGGGGUUUCUUCUUUGCUUGCUUUCUUCCUCCUUACCCUGCCCCCCACACACACACACUUUCUGUAAAACUUGAAAAUAGAAAGCAAAAACCCUCAACUGUUGUAAAUCAUGCAAUUAAAGUUGAUUACUUAUAAAUAUGAACUUUGGAUCACUGUAUAGACUGUUAAAUUUGAUUUCUUAUUACCUAUUGUUAAAUAAACUGUGUGAGACAGA